CUUGUAUUAAAAAUCUGGAACCUGCAACUUCUGUCAAAGUAAUUACAAAUAAAAAAAAGAUUUGCAGGAAUCAUUUGAAGCAUUGUGAUUAUUUCAAAGCAGAACUUUCAAAAGUGGAUGAAUUAAAAUCUGUAUCUGUUGCAAGUUCUUCUAAAUCUAUUCGUAAUAAGUUCCAGGGAUUAAAAUUUUUAAACGAUAAUUUGCCUCCUCAAUUUGAAAAUAAUCCUAGAGAAAACACAAUACAAUAUUACAUGCCAAGAAAGUUAUCAGAAGAUUCACAGAAGCAAUGGGAAAGAUUGGUAUUAAGAGCAACUAUUUCUUGUGGGUGGUCAUUUAAUUGGGUCGAUAACCCUGAAGCAAAGGCAAUGUUAAAUUUUGCCAAUAAGGGAUUAAAUUUACCAAAAAGAAGAUCAUUAAGUGACAGAAUACUUGAGGAUGAAUCACAUAUGGUGCGAAUAAAAUUACAAGAAAUGGUAAAAGAAGAAAACAUUGGUCUAACAGUUUUGUUUGAUGGGUGGAAAAAUUGUGUCAAACAAUCAAUUCUAGGAUCAGUAAUAAUCACAUCUGAAGGUAAAAGCGUAAUUUGGAAUGCAGUAGAUAUUUCGGGUGAAAGAUCUAGAGCAAUUGAUGCUAUAAGUCAAAUUGAGUCCUGGUUAAAUGAUAAUAAAGAAUUAAAAAUUAUUUGCAUUGUCACUGAUUCAGCAAGCGGAUUUGCAUCAGCAAGAUCUACCUUAAGAGUGAAAUACAAAAAUAUAACCUUCCUACCAUGUUUCGCACAUCAAAUCAAUCUAGUAGUAGGUGAAAUUUUUAAAGAAUCAAUAGAAUUUGAAGAGGCUUCAGAAAAGGCUAUAAAAAUUAUUUCAUUUUUCAAUAAGUCAGCAUAUUUUAUGGGAAAACUACGUAAAGAACAAAGGAUUCUUUAUAAAAAAUAUAUUUCCUUACAACGACCUGGUGAUACUCGUUGGAAUAGUUACCAUAGAUGUUUUACCAGCCUUAUAAAUAGCAAACAAGCAUUAGAAAUUUUAGUUACAAAAUAUGAACGCAGAACUCGAAAUGAAUUAACUUUAGAUAAGGCUAUAUGUGAAAUUAUUGAUUCUGGGUCUUUUUGGGGAUAUAUUAAAACUCUUCGAAAUCUUCUGGUCCCAUUAUGUAAUGCAUUAGAUAAGCUUCAAUCUAAUAAUGCUAGACUUUUUGAAGUUUUCCACUCUUUUGGAUACCUUGUUAAGUUAUAUAAGAGCUACCCAGAUCAGAUAUUUGGACAAAAAAUGUUAACUAGGUUAGAAAGGCGCUGGAGUAUUUGGGAGCAACCUAUACUUAUUCUUUCUUUUUGGCUUCAUCCAAGUUAUAGGGCAGAAAAAUUUGACUCAAAUAUUAUACCAAGAUUGUCAUUUUCUUUAAAAUCAUGGCUUCUUUAUUAUUAUGAUUCAUGGAUUAAUGAAAAACCUACAUCAAUCCUUUUCGAAUUUGAAAGAUAUAAUCAAAUGAAAUUUCCUUAUUCUAGUGAAAUUUUUAAUCAAUAUAAAGGUGAUUUAUUAUUAUACUGGGGUUCCUUGUCAAGAGAUAAUAAUGAACUUGCAAAGUUAGCAUGUCAUAUUUUUGGUAUGUGUGUCAACUCUGCUCCAGUGGAGAGAUUAUUUUCAAAAAUGAAGUUAAUACACACGCCUCUUCGAAACCGUCUUCAUGUAUUGAAAAUAAGCCAGAUCCAUGGUGAUAUAAUUAAUUUAAAAAUGCAAUCAACUGUUAACAAACUUCAAACUGAAGAUAUAAAUGACUUUGUGACAGAAACAAAUGAUCAUGAUUCAAACCCAGAAGAAACUUAUCAAGAUUUAGGAUUUAUUAAUUCUACAGAAGAAUGGCAGAUGUUAGUAGAUGAAUGGAUUAGCAUGACUUCCAAUGAAAAUAUUGAUGAUGAAAUGGAACAACAUGCUCCAUUAGAUGAAUCACACCCAGCAGAAAAUAAAAGGGCCAAGUGGACUUUGACAGAUUUGUUUCCUGCUGGUCUCGAUGCACCAGAUUUCAUAUUUGAUAUAUUGCCUAUAAUAUAUAAUGAUUAA